AUGAAGGCAAUUCUCAUCGUCUUCUGCUUUAUGCUUGCGGGUCUUGUGAUUGGUGAUGAUGUUAAGUACACUCUGUAUGUUGAUGGGUCGGCUGUGCAAUUUGGCGAGUUGAUGGUGAGAUUUUUUUGGAAAUUUUUAGUAAUUUUUGCAAUUUAAUUUUUUGUAAAGAAAGUUCUUGCAAUUUUUUUUGUUUUGUAAAGAAAGUUCUUUCCAUUUUUUGUUUUGUAAAGAAAGUUCUUUUCAUUUUUUGCUUUGUAAAGAAAGUUCUUGCAAUUUUUUAUUUUGUAAAGAAAGUUCUUUCCAUUUUUUGUUUUGUAAAGAAAGUUCUUGCUAUUUCUUUGUGCUUGGAAAGAAUGGUUUUGUUGAAUGCAGUGAAUGCAAAUUUGCUUUGAAAGGACUACAGAAUUAUGCGAAAAUCUUGAUAGAACUUUUUAUUAAUUUGAAAUUACAAAUGCGCCUGGGUCGGGCGGAGCAGUCGGUCGCACCUAAGUUCGGUAGUUUAUUGGUCGGCGCCACAACCGGCUGAACAACAGCCGCUUUCCUUUUCUUACAAUUUUUUAUCAGCACUUUUUAGACGGUCGGUACCUACGGUAGGAUAAUCAAGGAUCACGGUCUUAACAAUGACGAAAAAGCUGUCAAUGAAAAUGCGAUGCUAUAUGUCAUUGACAAUAAACGCAUGCUGACUAUGUACGAAACUGUUUUUCCAUUAAAAGCGCCCGCUGGCAAGAGCUUCACAUUCAAACGUUUCAAAACCAGUAUGUUUUUUGUUUUGAAUAUCUUGACUUUAGCAUGCCUUGUCUUAAAAUGGUUUGUGUCGUAGCCUCGUUUUGUUAUUUUUUGAAUUUCCUCGCUCUUUAUGUUAAGUUAACGUGUAUUUUUUAGGUGAAAGCAAUUUGAGAAAUUUCAUCGUAUCAGAAGUUUUAAAAGAUGGACGUGUUUGUGCUCGUUUCAAGGACCUUCACAGUAAGUUUUAUGUCUUUUUUACUUUGGAAAAAAAAGUUGUUGCCAUUUUUCGUUUUGUUAACAAAGUUCUUGUAAUUUUUUGUUUUGUAAAGAAAGUUCUUUCCAUUUUUUGUUUUGUAAAGAAAGUUUUUGCGGUUUUUUUGUAAAGAAAGUCCUUGCUAUUUCUUGCUUUAUUCAAGUUACUCUUUUGAAAUUUUAGUCUAAGAAUGCUAAUUUAUUUUUUUAGGCGACGGUGAAGUCCUCUACCAAUGUGGAAUUUGA